GCCCCGGGCCGCCCGCUCGCCCCCGGGCCCCCAUUCUCGCUACCGCCGCCGCCGCCUCCGCCUGUCCGCCCGCCGCUGCCGCCUCGGCCUCGGGGCCGCUUCUGCCUGGGCCUGGGCCCGGGCCGCCUCCGCGCCCCUGCCCCGCUCGGCCGGCCCGGGGGGCAGCGGGCCGGGGGGGGGAUGCGCCAGCGGGCGGCCGGCCGCCGGAGGCCAUGGAGGGCGGCGAGGCGGCGGGCGGCCCGGGGCGACCGCUGAGCGACGCGGAGCUGGCUGCGCUGGCCAAGGAGGAGCUGGUGCGGCGGCUGCGGCAGGAGGAGGCGGAGAAGCUGGCGGCGCUGGUGCAGCGCGGCCGCCUCAUGCAGGAGGUCAACCGGCAGCUGCAGGGCCACCUGGGCGAGAUCCGCGAGCUCAAGCAGGUCAACCGGCGGCUGCAGGACGAGAACCGCGAGCUGCGCGACCUCUGCUGCUUCCUGGACCACGAGCGCCAGAAGGGCCGCCGCGUGGCCCGCCAGUGGCAGCUCUUCGGCGCGCACGCGGCCCGGGCCGUGCGCGACGAGCUGGCCGGCUGCUGGCACAAGCUGGCGCAGCUCGAGGGCCGCCAGGACGAGCUGCUGCGCGAGAACCUGGCGCUCAAGGAGCUCUGCCUGGCGCUCGAGGACGAGUGGGGCCCGCGGCCGGCAGCCGGGGCCGCAGCCGGAGGGGGCGCAGUCGCGGGGGCCACAGCCGGGGGCACAGCGGCGGCAGGAGCAGCGGAGGCGGCGCCCGAGCCCGGGGGCGGUUCGGGAGGCCCCGACGGCCCGGCCGGCGGCCCGGGGCCAGAGCUGGGGCUGCCCCCGUGCGGGGCCCGGGACGUGGGAGACGGCAGCUCGAGCACGGGCAGCGUGGGCAGCCCCGACCAGCUGCAGCUGGCCUGCUCUCCGGACGACUGAGCAAGCCAGCGGGCGCGCCCUCGGGCAAUAAAACUUGGAGAGAUCCCAGCCCUUCGGCCUGGACCGAGCGUCUGUUUGGGGGCCCUUGGGGAAGGGGGGGGCUGACGGGAGCCUGGACCCUCGGGAGAAGCUGCCCAGCCCCUCGACAGCAUCAACACCCCCCCCAUCCCCCAGAAGACCUUGACCGCUGGCUGUUUCCCCUCGAACCCAGAGCCUAGAUGGGGUGGGCAGGAAGCUGCCCUGGCAGUAUGCCAGGAAGGAUCUCUUCCCCAGGCCCAGAGGGGUCUGGAGAGCUCCGGGGCCAAAGUAGGCCCCCAGCCAAGCCCUGAGGAGCCCCCACCCUCUCCAGGCUCCUUCCUGCCCAGAUCAGGAUGUUUCUGCCUAAGACAAUGGGGCAGGAAGCAGGUGGUGGGGUUUAAGGGCCAGAUAAAGAGGAACCCGAGGUGAGCCCCCUCCCCCAGGGACUUCAGAGGCGGCUGAGGGGCAGGAGACCGUGGGGGAGAUUGCAGGGAGCUGGUGGUGGUUGGGGGCAUUGCUCCUUCCUGGCUAGUGUGGAGACCAUCCCAGUGGGAGAAGCAAACUCCCCUGGCCCCCAGUGCCCAGCCUCCAGGCGGCUCUGAGGCUUGGGUCCUAGCCACCUGAUCUGGGCCAAGUCCAGGCUCCCUCCUGGCCUCAGUUUCUCCAUUUUUAAAAUGAAGUUAGAAGAUGUCUGAA